AUGGACCCCCAACUGUCUGUGGCCCUCCCUCCGCAGCUGCAUGGCAACAGUUUUGAAAUGAGCUCUGGACAAGUGCCAAAACUUAGCGUGGGAUGUAGUGAAGGAACAAGAGUUGAACGAGUAGGAGGAGGAGGAGGCCAUGAUUCAAGACCUGAUCAGCCGAACCUGACCUCUACUGCUCCCUUCAGUUCCAGGUUGAACCCACAUGAAGGUUCUGAGUGCCCUCUGGAGCCUGCGGUUUACUGCCAUGCCAAGGGCAAGCUGGACCACAGAAGCAGAGGAUGUAGUCUCACCAUCUGCCACUCAAAGGGGAUUUUCCCCUGGAUGAAGUCAAGGAAAACUGGCUCGAAGCGGUCAACUUCAGCCAAGGGUGAUGUGACAUCUAGUGCUACAGGCAGAGGAGUGAGAAGAGAGAGGACAUCCUUCACCAACAACCAGCUGCUGGAGCUGGAGAAGGAGUUCCACUUCAGCCCUUACCUGCAACGCCGCCGCAGACUGGAGAUGGCUGCCGGGCUGCAGCUCACUGACCGCCAGGUCAAGAUCUGGUUUCAGAACCGCAGGAUGAAGCUUAAAAAGGAGCACAAGCAUGGCAGGGUGACAGGUUUGUCCGACAAUUCCCUUUGCACGCUGCAUAUGGGGCUCCCAGCAGCAUGUGCUGUCAGAACUUCCUUCUCCUCUUCCUUGGAACCACACUCCAUGGAUCAGGCUAUGCUUUCUCUGUUUGACCCCACAGACUUGUCCUAUCUAAACUGCAUGUUUCCAUCUGUUGUGAAUGGUCCAGCCUUCUCAUGCACAUGUACAGAAGGUCAUCAGCAAGUCAGCAUUUCAAAUCGGCUCUGAGGGUCCAUAAAGGCUCUCCCUUCUGUGCUUUUAGAAAUAUUCCCUCACACAUUCACCUUCACCUACUUAUGAAAAACUAGAGGAUGUCUGAACAGCAUCCCAGGAAUGCCAUCCACUUAGCACACCAAUUCAUGAAACAUUUUAAUUAAACUAUACGAGCACAUCUUGAUUAAGGAGAGCUGCAGCAAUAUCAUUUGUGUUUAAAGGCACAACAUAAGAACACUGCAGGUCUUUACAAAUACAGCAUUAAGGAUACUUUUGAACUUGUAGUAAAUGGUUAUUUACAUUGCCUAGCAAAAGCAUUCAAACCCCUGAAUUGUUCGCACAUUUUGUCUCUAUAACCACAAACCUUUGUGUACUUGACUGGGAUUUUAUAUCAAACACCUGUGCAAAAUAGUGUACAACAGUGUAGUCGAAGGAAAAUGAUAUUUGAACACAAUCUGAAAAGUAUGUCAUGCAUUUGUAUUUAGCCCUAUUAAACAUAAAACACACAAAAAAAAAACUAGAUUGCCUUCAAAAGUCACAUAAUUAGUAAGUAGAAUAGAGUAAUUAAAUCUGUGAAGGCCUUGAUAGAGAACAUCAGUGAACAUACAUAUUUAUAAAGACCAAGGAACACACCAGACAGGUCAGGUAUAAAGUUAUAAAGAACCAUAAAUUAUGUUUUAAGUUAUAAAACAAUAUCCCAAACUUAAUAGUUCAUAGUUCAUAACAACUAUGAACUCCACAAAUUUUCCCUUUCGGAUCAUUGGGAUCAUCAUCACCAACCACGAAACACAGUGAUGGCAAUAUCAUGCUUAUGGCACAGGGAAGCUGGUUAGAAUUGAUGGGAAGAUGAAUGGAGUUGAAUACAGGGCAAUCCCAGAGGAAAACUGAGGCUGCACAAGACAUGAGACUGGUGGGGACAACUUCCAGCAGGACAAAAACCUUACACAUGCAGUCAGCGCUACAAUUACACUAAUUUGGAUCAAAUAUUAUCCAUGUGUUGGAAUGGCCUAGUCAAUGUCCAGGCUUAAAUCCAAUUGAAAAUCUGUGACAGGACUUGGGAAUUAGGGUUCACAGACACUCUGUGCUCUGCUAAGUAUUGACAAAGAGGGGCUUGAAUACAAAUGCAUGCCUCAUUUUUCAGCUUUUUAUUUGUAAAAUAUUUGUAAGCUAUGUAUCAUUUCAUUUUACUUCCACUUUACAGUUGUGUGGUACAUUGUGUUGGUCUAUCACAUAAAGCCAUAAUAAAAUACUUUGAAGCCUGUGGUUGUAACAUGGCAACAUGUGCAAAGGUUGAAUUGGAUGUAAAUACUUUUGCAAAGCCCUGUAGUUGCAGCAAGUAAAAAUUGCAGAUCUUUGGCAUUUUUCCAUAAAGGAGGUUUUAAACAACAAAAAAUUGUUUCUUUGUGUUGUUUUUACUGUAGAUUUGUUUAUUUGAAUAUCACUAAGUGGUGCGGCUUUUUCAUAGCUAACUGUUUGUUUAUGGGAAGGGCUUAAAAUGCUGACGUUUAAUAUGUAUAUAUAUUUUUUUUUUAUAAAGGUUGUUAUUUAUACAGUGAGUGUUCCCUGUUAUUUUUGAUGGAUGUUUCCGUACUGAACAUGGUUAAUAAACACAUUUAGGAAAAUUGUAA